AUGUCGAAUGAAGAGGGAAAAGAAAUCGACUACUUUUAUAACACAAAAGAUGAAAGAGAGCACACGCUAGCUGAACUUCGAUCAGAAAUGAUGAUGCUACGAGCGAUGGUUGCAGAUCUUAGCAAAAAAUUCGAGGAUGAGAGGCAAUAUCGACUUCGAAGUGAUUUUGAGAAUGAGCAGAAAGCUGUAUUUGCUCGGCAGCAACUUGAAAAGGAGUUUAAUACGAAAAUGACGAUUCGAGAAGAUGACUUGAAAUUUCAGCACCAAUCUGUGGAGAAUUCUUUGCGAGAGGAGAUACAAGAACUCAAAAUUGAACUGAAGAAAACGCAAGAAUCCGAUGAAAAGCAGCUUCAAGAACUGAAAAACAACUGGAUGAUCUAA